GGCGGCGCCGCGGCCCGAGCGGAGCCAGCGGGGCUGGCGGCGGUUGAGGACGGGCGCGCUCAGAUUCCUCAUGAAGCAGCAACUAGAAAUAAUCCUUUAGGAGAGGUGCUGUACUUGCCAAUGUUUGGGUUUUAAUUAGCUGCAAGAGAAGAUGCCUAUUUACACAGUUCCUGCCAGGAGCCCCGCUGGAACGCGAUGCUCAGCGGCUUCCUCACACCAUACCCCAGCCAGCAGUAAAGCAUCUGGGCUGAGGUCACAGGUGUUGGGAGACAAGGACUGCCUGCCUUCAGGCCCUCAGAAUAAGACUGAGGACGUGAAUAGGACCUAUGUGAUUUCAGCUUGUGAAAAAGUGAGUGAUGUGUCAACUUCUUUUAAACUGGAAGGCAGAUUAACUCUCCAGAGGAGAACUGGAGCAAGCAAAAAAUCAGUGUCCAGUGGUUACACAACACAGAGUACAGAGGAGCUACAAACAGAGAAAAGACUUACUCUGCAGAGGCGUGUGAGGACUGGCUCCACAGAGAGGAGUAAACUUAAUCAGAAUAUUGUGCCUAGAAAAGGAAAUUAUGACUCUGAUGCACAAGGAAAUGACAAGAUUGCAGUUCCACAGAAUAUUAAGGGUACAGGUGGUAUUAAACCAAACUUGAAGUUAACUGAAAGUCAGUCAAGUACCAAGUUGCAGCAUAACCUGAACAGCAAGGACUCCUUUAAUUUCAUUGGUGGUGUCUGUGAAAGUGCUAUCAACACGUGUUUACAAGAUAAGACAAGCACUGUUGACACAAAGUUCCAGAAUGAAGUUCCUAAAUCAGAACGGUUUGUUACCUCAAAAUGUACUAAUAGGCUGUCAGGAGAACAGCUGAAUGAAAAAAGCAAUAUAAAUAAACUUGCUGGGAAGCAAAGGGUACAGCACUUAAUGAUAAACCACAGCAGCUUGGAAAGACCAAGGACACCAGGAAAAGUUUUAACAGAAAGAUUUACAUUUACACCAAAGAACAGCACUUCUCAAGAUCCACCAUCUCUCAAGCUGCCCUCAAAUGAACCAACACCUCAUCUGCCAGUUUUAGCCAAGAAACUCCCUAGUGUGUCCAGCUCUCUUCCUGUGAGUACAAGCUCAGAAACAAAAGGGAACACAGAAACUCUAGCUGAGAGCAGCAGUGCUGGGGAAGAUGUUUUCAAAGUGAGAAACAGCAAAGUGAUCGUAGCUGUGCGGGUGCGGCCCUUCACAAACAGAGAGAAAAUUGAAAACUCAAUCCCUGUGAUCUCCAUGAGUGGUUCAGAGACAACUGUACAAAAUCCAUCCACAAACCAAGUUUACAGCUUCAGUUACGACUUCUCAUUCUGGUCUUUUGACAAGGGUCAUCCCAGUUUUGCAAGCCAAGCAGUGAUUUAUGAAACUCUGGCACUGCCACUCCUGGAAAGAGCUUUUGAGGGAUACAAUGCUUGUCUUUUUGCUUAUGGGCAGACUGGCUCUGGAAAGUCGUACACGAUGAUGGGAUUUGAUGAAGACCGAGGAAUAAUUCCAAGACUUUGUGAAGAUCUUUUCAAUCAAAUAGCACAAAUGGACAAGGAACAGGUUUUGUAUCAUCUUGAAAUGAGCUUCUUUGAGGUAUACAAUGAGAAAAUUCAUGACUUGCUUGUCUUUAGAGCUGAAAAUGGACAGAAGAAACAACAACUUCGAGUAAGAGAACAUCCAGUGUUAGGACCAUAUGUGGAAGGCCUGACAGUAAAUGUUGUCCGUUCUUACUCUGAUAUUCAGAGUUGGCUUGAAUUAGGAAACAAGCAGAGAGCAACAGCUGCUACAGUAAUGAAUGACAAGAGCUCUAGAUCUCAUUCUGUCUUCACCCUUGUCAUGACACAAACCAAGGUAGACUUUGUGAAUGAAGAGCAGUGUGAUCGUAGGCUCACCAGUCACGUAAAUCUAAUUGAUCUGGCUGGCAGUGAGUGCUGUACAAAGGCUCAGACCACUGGAGAAAGGCUGAAGGAAGGUGUGAGUAUCAAUAAAUCACUGUUGACCCUUGGAAGGGUUAUUUCUGCACUGUCUAAACAAUCUCAAAAUGGAAAGAAAACUUUCAUUCCUUACCGGGAAUCUGUCCUUACUUGGCUGUUAAAGGAAAGUCUGGGUGGCAAUUCCCAGACCACCAUGAUUGCCACGGUGAGCCCAGCUGCCAGCAGCACGGAGGAGACGCUCAGCACCCUUCGCUACGCCAAACAGGCUUGUUCCAUUAUCAACACUGCCAAAGUCAAUGAAGAUGUAAAUGUCAGACUAAUCAGAGAACUAAAAGCUGAAAUUGAAAAACUGAAGGCAGCUCGGAAAAGUGCUCUGAACACUGAUCGUGAAAAAUACAGGCGUUAUUUGCAGGAAAUUACAUCUCUGAGGGUAGAAUUGCACCAGCAGGAGAGGAACAUGGCAGAAAUGCAAAGGGCCUGGAAAGGAAAACUUGAAGAAGCAGAAAAAAGGAAAUUGGAAGAUAUAAAAGAAUUACAGAAAGCUGGAAUUGCAUUCAAAAUGGACAAUAAUUUACCAAACCUUGUCAAUCUCAAUGAGGAUCCUCAGCUUUCUGAGGUGCUGUUAUAUAUGAUCAAAGAAGGAGAAACUACAGUUGGAAGGUGUACACCAAAUUCAAAACAUGAUAUCCAGCUUUCAGGAGUGCUGAUUGCUGAUGACCAUUGUGUUAUUAAAAAUACUGAUGGCAAAGUAAGUAUUAUUCCACUUAGAGAAGCGAAGACAUAUGUAAAUGGGAAAUGCAUUUUGGACCCAACAAUUCUGCAUCACGGUGAUCGAGUGAUCCUUGGGGGAGACCAUUAUUUCAGGUUUAAUCAUCCAGCAGAGGUUCAGAAAGUUAAAACACCUUCUUGUGGCACUUCGUGUUUACAUGAUGGUCCAAAAGAUUUUGAAUUUGCAAAGAAUGAGCUGCUUGUUGCACAGCGAGCACAGCUUGAAUCAGAAAUUGAAGAGGCACGACUCAAAGCCAAGGAAGAAAUGAUGCAAAGUGUCCAAAUAGCAAAAGAGAUGGUUCAGCUAGAACUGACCUCACAAAAAGAAGCGUAUGAAAGCAAAAUAAAAUCCCUGGAAGCAGAGGUGAGAGAAGAAUCUCGUAAGAAGCAAAUCCAAGAACUGAAUAACCAAAAAGCCACAACUAAAAUACAGGAGCUGGAGAAUGCAAAGAAAAGCCUUGAGCUAGAACUCCACUUCAAUAAGAAGCGUUUAGAAAUGGAGACCUUAGCUACCAAGCAGGCUCUAGAAGACCAUACUAUUCGUCAUGCAAAGAUAGUGGAAGCUCUGGAAGCUGAGAAGCAGAAAAUUGCUGAGGAAAUACAAACCCUUCAGAAGAAUCAUGGAAGUGGGAAUAAACCUGUGAUGACUCCACUGAACUGGAAGUCUCUGAAGCUGUCUGUGAUGAUUAAAGAGGCUAACACCAUUAGCAAUGCAUUAGGGAAAAACACUGUUUUCUGCAGGCAUGACAAAAUUGAUGAUAAAACAGGAACAGGGUCUUCUAUUCAGGUGCAGGUCCGUAACAUCAAACUGGGAAUAACAACUUUUUGGAGCCUAGAGAAAUUUGAAUGUAAACUAGCAGCAAUGAAAGAACUCUAUGAGAGUAACGAUAGAAAUAAAGCUGUUGUUGAUGUGUUUUAUGAUCCUGCUGAUGAGUGGGAACCUGACCUUUCAGACAGCUCCAUUUCCUUGCUUUCUAGAAGAAGAAGCAGAAGCUUCAUGAAGAACAAGAGAAUUUCUGGAUGUUUGUCCGAGAUAAAAUUGCAAUCUAUUCAGAAUAAACAGACUUCCUAUCUAUCAGAUUCACUGAACAAGUCCAGCAUAUGCUCAGGCAUUUCUGAAUUGUUUCUUCCUGGAAUUUGCAAGGAAUCUAUAAGUUCAGCUUUAGAUUUGCUGGAACAGAAUCAUGAAGGAGGAAAAAGCAUAGCAGAUAGUCUCCUAACUAAUUUAUUUAUAAUUUUUUCUGGAGCGUCUGCCAUUUCAAAAGCCUAUGAACAGCAAGAUGAAGAAUGUCAGGAAAACUUUUUCUCUCUUGAUCGUGCUGCUCAGUCCUACAGCAUCAGAAUUGUCUCUGCUUUUGACCAGAUUGUGGUUCUAAGUAAACUCUGGCUUAAUAAUGUCCAAAAGUGUCCUGGAUCUAGAAAAGUUGAUGAAGAAAUGAAACAGGAAAUAAAGAACUUGGGAGGUUAUUUACAGUUGCUGUUGCAGGGGUGUUCUUCAGAUAUAUCCUCGAUGGUAGCAGAAGCAUGGAGCAAAGUAAACCAAACAGUAAAACAAGCAGUGAAAUACACAGGACACGUGGCAGUAGUCACAACAACUGAUAUUUCAUUUCCUGAAGAGAGCAACAUUCCUGCCUCUAGUCUACAGGAAUUUGUACUUGCCAUUUACGAUGGAGUAGGCUCAGGACUGGAGUGUCUCAUUGAUGCUGUACAGGAGAAAGCAAGAACAGUGCAGAAAGAACUUGUGAAACAAUGUCCACAAAAUGAGAUUCAAAAUCGAAUAAAGGAUAACGUGGUGGCAUUAGCCAGAUUCCUUGAAAAUAAUAUGUCUUACUGCAGAAAGAAAGAAACAGAAUCUCAGUUGCCAGAAGAAGACUCUCUAUAUCGAGAAAUAAGGAGGAGCACUAAGAUUGCUGUGAAGUAUUUGGAGCUGGAGCAGUGUUUGACUGAAAUCUGUCAAAUUGUUUCUUCCAUGUUGCAAGGGUUAUACAGAAACACCAGCCCUCUCAGGAGCUUUGCAGAAAAUAUUUCUGUCAUUGCCGGAUAUUUUAACAACUAUUUCCGUUUAUUUGCCUUGUCCUCUGCAAACAACCCUAUCCAGAAAAUGCACGUGCCUUUUAUGGACCUGGAGGGAUUGGACUCUCUGGUUGAUUCCCUUAUUAUGAAUUUUGAACUUGAACAAGGACAGCCAUCACUGCAAUCUCAAAUUAUUUGUAAUGAAAUUACUGAGACUCGAGGAGGCCAGGUUGAAACAAGUCAGGUUGAAUCUGCUUGGAAAUCGAAUGGGAUUCCAGAAUGCAAACAGACUCCAGAGCUUUCACCUGGUAGGAUAGAAUGGGUAUAAAAUGUUAAUAUUAAGAAAUUAAAAAGCACUCUUUUCUAUUGCAACAUAUCACAUAAAGCUAAAAUUUAUUGCUAAUAUUAUUAGUGAAUGAGUGGUGGGAAAGUGAAAUGCUAUGUUUGUGUAAGUACCCUAUUAUUUCACCAAAGAAAAAAUACACUCCUUGAGAGGCUGUCAAACUUCACAAUAUAAUUCCUUUUGUUUUACUAGAAGUCUAUUACUACCUAAUUUUGUAAGAAAUAAAUUAAUUUCUUUGAAUUUUACUUCACCUCAGCUGCAUUAUAACCUAGUAAUGCUACUGCAACUUGAAAGUGUUUUUUAUGCCUUUUUUUGAACAGAGUAAAAUUUUUGUAUUUAUUUAUGUAAAAGAAAACAAUGAGAGCUAGUAAAAGUACUUUACAACCUUAUUUGAUGAAUGCUUUUUAAAGUGGUUUUAGUACUAUUCAUGUUGGAAUAGAAGCAUAUCUGUUUUAACAUAACAUAUAAAUUAUCCCAGGUCAUACAGUGCUCCUCAAUCCACUGCUCCCUUGUGCUUAUCACUGUUUAAUGUCUUACUUUUGGUCUGCUGGCUGAGGUUAACAGGAAGGAUGGAAGUUAAUUUGCAUGGGUUUGAGGAGGCCUGGACUGAGCACAAUUUACUCACAAGAGUGCUGAGAAAUUCUUAAGGUAAACCUAAGGUUUUUUCCUAUACAUCAAUGUGCCUGUUGUGGUUUAAGCCCAGGUGGAAACUAAACACCACGCAGCCACUCUCUUGCCUCCCCCACCUGUGGGGGAGAAUCAGAAGGGUAAAAAUUAGAAAAUUCCUGGCUUGAAAUAUAGACAGCUUAUGGGGGAAAGCAAAAGCCAUACACACAAGCAAAGCAAAACCAGGAAUUAAUUCACUGCUUCCCACGGUCUUCCCCAUGGGCUGCAGAGGAAUCUCUGGUCCCAUACCUGGAGCAUCUCCUCUGCUCCAGCAGGGGCUCAUUGGUCCUUCCCAGAGACUGCACUUCCUCAUUAACUGCUCCAGUGUGAGUCUCUUUCACAGAGUGCAGUCCUUCAGGAGCAGCCUGCUCCCGUUUGGAUCCCUCAUGAAGUUACAAGUCCUGCCAACAAACCUGUUCCAGCACGGUCUCUUUUCUUCUUGUGUCCACAGGUCCCUGCCAGGAGCCUUCUCCCUCCCUGGCUUGCCCUGGCUUUCCCUCCUUCAGGCCCACCUGUGCCAGUGUGGGCUCCUCCAUGGGCUGCGGGUGGAUCUCUGCUUCCACAUGGACCCAACCCCAGGUCCCAGGUCUCUGGUUGUGUUCACACUGGAUGUCCAGUCCAUUCUGCUCAGCAAUAAUAAAAAAAAUGUCUCUUUUAUCAUCCUUGUGUUCAGCACAAAUCCAAACCAUUGUCCUAAACCAGCUGUGGAGAUUGACUGACACUGACUCAGCUUAUGCCAGCAAAGCCAAGGCAGUUUGUUACACUGGGUUACCAGUAUUUAUAGGUCACUAUGAAUUCUGUUUGUACAGAAUUUUCCACAUCCAUGCCUUUGUCCAAUCCCCUUAGAAAUAUGAUAUUCUGAAUAUCCUUCUUACACUAGUCAUGUCCUUCAUUAUGUCUUUCACCAGCAAAGCUCUUGUUGCAUUUCCCUUCAUCGAAGUGGUCAGCGUCAGAGUGACCAGACAUGAUGUCUUCACUUCUGCUUGUGCCUUGAGUUUAUCUGUCCCUUGGCUCUCACUGUACCGGGGCUGAAAGGUCUGCGGUGCCACCCAGUUCAGCUUCUGUAGUUCUCUGAUCUCUGACAAUAAGCUGCCUUGAAAAAAAAUUAACCCAGUCUAAGCCAAAACCAGCACAGCUUCCAAGGGGGAUAUUCAUGGCUAUGAUCUCUCAUUCUGGGGAAGAUGUCCAGCACCUUGAGAAUGUCAGUCUUUGAGGACUUGGAAAGCUUUUAUGUGAGAAGACUGCAGUAGAAUCAAUGAUCAUGAUCUUUUGAAUAUUUGAGUUAUAAUUGAUGCUGUUAUUCAGUGAUUUUGUGCUUUUCUGAUGCAGGGGAAAUGGGGAAGGUAAUUAUGUUGCUCCAGUAACCCACAUAUGUAUUUCCUAAAGACUACUACGCUGUAGUACUUUCCCCAAAAAUGUCUAGCAGUGCAGUCCUGCCACCAAAAAUACUCAGCACUUUUUCUUGCGGCUAAUUAUUUCCUUCUUACAUGAGGUGUGAUGCUUAAUUGCUUUCUUAAUGUAAAGGCCUUUGCAAGUUUACUCAAGGGUUAAGAAAGUAUAUUCAGUUGUUCAGAUUUUUAUGCCUUUAAAAUGAAGAGAAGCUUGAUAUAUUUAUACUUGUGUAAAUGUAUUAUUUUGUAUUUGGCGGAAGUUCUAAAAAUGUAACUGGUUCUUUUUUGUGUUGUGUAUCUAAGCAUGGGAAAUGUAAACAGUAAAACUACGUCAUGGACCUGA